AGAGGCAAUAGCUUUCCCGCUUUUGGAACUGCCGCACUUCUCCGUUUUCUUUCUUCAUUGCUCCCGAGGACGUUUUACUUUAUUUGAUUUUUCAUUUUUCAUUUUUCUAGGGCUUCGGAAGAGCUUCCCGAGGUCGUUUGAUUAGAUUCUCCCCUAGAGAAAUACUAGAAGCCUCAUCAGUCAUCAUCAAUGGCCGAUCUGAUUAUUAUGUUCCUUGCUUCACCUCCCUUAAUGCCUUCUUCCUCCUGCUGCUUCUCUUUCUCCAACAUCGAUAAUUGUCAGGUCAACGUCCCAAGUGCCAAAACAGUCUCCGCGAACCCUAAAAACCCAAUCAGUUGUCGCCGUCUCAUUUCCUGGUUCCUCCAUGGAAUGCGUUAUGCUUUGUCUGCUGCUGUUCUUCUUCUCCUUUUUCUGGUUCCCGUUGGUUCAAUCGUCGGACAGCUUACUUUCUCCAAAGGGCGUUAACUAUGAGGUGGCAGCUUUGAUGUCUGUAAAGAGCAAGUUGAAAGAUACUCUCUAUGUUCUUGAUGGAUGGGAUAUUAACUCCGUUGAUCCCUGCACUUGGAACAUGGUUGGAUGCUCCCCUGAUGGUUUUGUCAUUUCACUUGAAAUGGCUAACAUGGGCUUGUCUGGUACGCUAUCUCCCAACAUUGGGAAUUUGAGUCACCUUCAAACAAUGUUAUUGCAGAAUAAUCUAAUAUCUGGUCCUCUCCCUCUCGAGAUAGGGAAGCUCUCGGAGCUUCAGACUCUUGAUCUUUCAGGAAACCAGUUUAUUGGUGAAAUCCCUAGCUCUUUGGGCUUUCUGACUCAUCUAAGUUCCUUGCGGCUUAGCAAGAAUAUGUUCUCUGGACACAUUCCCAGAACGGUUGCUAAUCUUACGGGUCUUCUAUUCUUGGAUCUGUCAUUCAAUAAUCUUAGUGGUCCCACUCCAAAAAUACUUGCAAAAGGAUACAGUGUUGCAGGAAAUAUGUUCCUUUGCAUGCCAUCACUCUUACAAGUUUGUACUGGUGCUUCAAAACCACUUAAUGCCACCAACUCAUUACCAAAAAAUAGUGGCCAUCAUCAAUGGGUAGUUGCCAUGGCUGUGGGUGUCAGCUGCACUUUUGUGGCUUCUGUGGUGCUGAUUGUUUGUUGGAUGCACUGGUGCAGAUGGAGCUUUCCUUUUCUCUCAUAUGAGAGGCAAGUUUUUGAAUUUGACAUGGGUCAUUUACAGAGGUUCUCCUUUCGUGAACUUCAAAUUGCGACCAAUAAUUUUAGUCCCAAGAACAUUUUAGGUCGAGGUGGUUUUGGAGUGGUCUAUAAAGGAUUUCUCCGGAAUAAGACAGUGGUAGCAGUGAAAAGGUUAAAGGAUCCAAAUUUUACUGGAGAAGUGCAGUUUCAAACUGAAGUAGAGAUGAUUGGCUUGGCUUUACACAGGAACCUCUUACAGUUGUAUGGCUUCUGUAUGACGUCCAAUGAGCGGUUACUUGUUUAUCCAUACAUGCCAAAUGGGAGUGUUGCUGAUCGCUUGAGAGAUCAUCGUUGUGAAAAACCAUCUUUAGAUUGGAGCAAACGUAUGCGUAUCUCCCUUGGAGCUGCUCGUGGAUUGUUAUACUUACAUGAACAGUGUAACCCGAAAAUCAUUCACAGGGAUGUCAAAGCUGCAAAUAUCUUACUUGAUGAAAGUUUUGCGGCUGUUGUGGGGGAUUUUGGGCUGGCUAAGCUUUUAGAUCAAAGAGAAUCACAUGUCACUACUGCAGUGCGGGGAACUGUAGGACACAUUGCUCCUGAGUAUCUUUCUACAGGGCAGUCCUCUGAAAAAACUGAUGUAUUUGGGUUUGGCAUAUUGCUUUUGGAACUCAUAACAGGGCAAAAAGCAUUGGAUGCAGGGAAUGGUCAGGUUCAAAAGGGAAUGAUUCUUGACUGGGUUAGGACUUUGUACGAGGAGAAGAGACUGGAAGUGCUAGUAGAUAGGGAUCUUAAUGGAUAUUUUGAUGCGGCUGAACUGGAUAAAGCUGUGGAGGUUGCUCUGCAAUGUACUCAAUCCCAUCCAAGCCUCCGCCCAAAGAUGUCAGAAGUAUUGAAGGCACUGGAAAGUGUGGUUGGACAGUCUGGACAUAUGGAAGAAGAGCACGUUGGGAAUCUUCCUGGAGGAAGGAAGUAUGGCUUCUCGAGAAAUUACAGUGAUGGUCAUGAAGAAUCUUCAUUCAUCAUUGAGGCAAUGGAGCUGUCUGGGCCUAGAUGACAAUUAUCAACGGCUUUCUCCCACUCAAAUCCUUAAUGAUUUUUUUUUUUUUUUAGUGUGCACGAGUCUCAUGACUGUGGGGUCUGGGGAGGGUUAAUGUACACAGCUUUACCCUUGUUUUGGGAGAGGCCGUUUCUCGACUUGAACUUGGGACUGCUAGGUCACAAUGGAGCAACCUUACCAUUGUGCCGAGGUACGUCCUCUACAGAACUUGAUAGUGUGAUGCAAGAUAUUGGUCCACUUUGCAUGGAGUAAUUAUUGGAAAGCAUUGUCUGCAAAUACUCUGAAUCAGAAGAUGUGAAAAUGUCAAUGUAAAAAUGUAAGAAAAGUUAAUUUACUCAUUUUGCAACAUUAUUUCGUGCAUUCUAUUGGUAUCGAUUCAUAAGCUGCAUAACCGUACUGCCUUUCCCCUCAGUUUUUUCCUCGACCAUUUUGAUGAAUUGCAAAGUAAUUGUGCAAACCAGUUUAAAUGUAAUGAUACAUGUUAUGCUGUAUUUGGUUAA